GAGAUAAUUCAAGAACUGUAUACGGGUCACGGCCUUUUUUCCACUUUCAUCUUCUUACCGACUUUCAGAUCUCUCUCUAUCCACACGACAACAUGUAUACAUUUAGACGCCUCCAAACUUUUCAAUAUCUGAAUCUUUGUGUAUUUUCCUCUCAUUAAAUUAAAAAAACGCAAGUAAAAAACAAAUUUUCAUCUACAUAUCAACAUUUUAUGUCCUUUUAGAGUACAAUAAUUUCUUGUGUGAAUAUGGCUCUUCACUGAUAAAGAACGGAGCUUCCGUUUUCAGAAGAUUCAAGUUUUUUUUGGGAGGUUUUGGAGUGAUGGGUUGUUGUAGUUCGUGUUUUUCGAAAGAACCCACAUCAGAAAAAGAUAAUAUUCACAAGAGUACUCAGCGUCACUCGCCAUCGAACGGAAAAGGUGCUGCUUUCGCCGGAGAUGGUGGCGGCGUGCCUGUGUUUUCUGAGUACUCACUGGCGGACUUGAAGGCUGCAACUAAUAACUUCAGUUCAGAGUUUAUCGUUUCUGAAAGUGGCGAAAAAGCUCCGAAUGUUGUUUAUAAGGGCCGGCUUCAGAAUCGGAGGUGGAUUGCUGUGAAGAAGUUUUCAAAAAUGGCGUGGCCUGAUCCGAAACAGUUUGCGGAUGAAGCAUGGGGAGUUGGAAAGUUGAGGCAUAAUCGGGUGGCUAAUUUGAUUGGAUAUUGCUGUGAUGGAGACGAAAGGCUACUUGUUGCAGAGUAUAUGCCUAAUGAUACUCUAGCAAAACAUCUAUUUCACUGGGAGAAUCAAACGAUCGAAUGGGCAAUGCGUUUACGUGUCGCUCUUUGUAUUGCUGAGGCAUUGGAUUAUUGCAGUACUGAAGGUCGUCCAUUGUAUCAUGACUUGAAUGCUUAUAGAGUUCUCUUUGAUGAGAAUGGUGAUCCGAGGCUUUCAUGUUUUGGGUUGAUGAAAAAUAGCAGGGAUGGAAAAAGUUACAGCACAAAUCUUGCUUACACUCCUCCCGAAUAUCUUAGAAACGGGAGAGUUACGCCUGAGAGUGUUAGUUUUAGCUUUGGGACUGUACUUUUGGAUCUUCUGAGCGGAAAGCAUAUUCCACCAAGUCAUGCACUUGAAAUGAUACGAGGAAAAAACAUUCUUCUUUUGAUGGAUUCACAUUUAGAGGGUAACUUUUCAACUGAAGAAGCAACGGUUGUGUUUGAUCUUGCUUCACGAUGUUUGCAGUAUGAACCAAGGGAACGACCAAAUACCAAAGAUUUGGUUGCCACACUUGCUCCAUUGCAAAACAAACCAGAUGUUCCUUCUUAUCAAAUGCUGGGGAUACCAAAACAUGAAGAAGCACCUGCAACCCCUCCACACCCUCUUUCUCCAAUGGGUGAUGCAUGCUCAAGAAUGGAUCUGACAGCCAUUCAUCAGAUAUUAGUGAUGACACAUUAUAAAGAUGAUGAAGGCACCAAUGAGCUGUCUUUUCAAGAGUGGACACAACAAAUGAGGGAUAUGCUGGAGGCAAGAAAGCGUGGGGAUCUUGCUUUUCGUGAUAAAGAUUUUAGAACAGCCAUCGAUUGCUAUUCCCAGUUCAUCGAUGUGGGCACAAUGAUAUCCCCAACCGUUUACGCAAGACGCAGUCUAUGCCACCUCAUGUGCGAUCAACCCGAUGCCGCCCUCCGAGACGCCAUGCAAGCACAGUGUGUCUUACCCGAUUGGUCGACCGCCUUCUACAUGCAAGCCGUCGCGCUCGCCAAACUCGACAUGCACAAAGACGCAGUCGAUAUGCUAAACGAAGCUGCCACUCUUGAAGACAAAAAACGUGCCAAAUAAUCUCAAUCCAAAAAAAAAAAAGAAGAAAUCAAA